GUAGGCUUAAUGAUUAAAUUGAAUCUGUACAGUGCAGUUGUUGCGGUAUGGCUGACAUGGGCUUAAGUUUAGAUGACAUAAUUAAAAAAACUAAACCAUCAGGCAUGAGAAAUCGUACUGGAGCUCGUAGAGGCUUCAACAGAGGAGCUAGAGCAAACGGUUCCAUAAGAGGAGGAGGAGGAGGUCGUGGUGGAGGUGGUGCUGGUGGAAAUGGUGGUGGUGGAGGAGGAGGACAUACGUUAACAGAUGCACGAUUUAAGAUAAUACAAAAGAAUCGUGAAAAGCUUACCGAUGCUAGAGACAAAUUAGCUGAAAUUGCUAAACAAAGUGAUGCAAGAUUAAAAUUAGACAAACUAAGAGCAUCACAGUUAAAAAGGAUAGAAACUCAAGUAUCUGGAAUAUCGAGGAAAACUGGUAGAAAUGGAAGACUUUCAUUGUCAACUAAUAAAAUUCCACCAAUGAUGCCACAUGUAAUGCCACCAAAUAAUUACAUGCCAUCACCAUCAAGACCAAUAGGUUAUAGGACUCCUUCGUUAUCCGAAUCUCAUUAUCCUGGAGAAAUGCCCAUGGAUUAUAGUGAUGAUUAUGCAGUAGAUAUUAUGCCAUUGAGAAGAACUGUCAACAACGAUUAUGCUCCAACACCACCACCACCACCUCCAGUGUUCAAUAUUAAACCUUCAUCUCCAUAUACGUGGGUUAAACCAGCUGGUAACAGUGUAACUAGGAUUGUACCAUCACGUAAAUCUGAUAUCGAUAGAGAAAGAGAAAGAAUGAGAGAAUACAAAAUUAUGUCACGUCCAUUUAUGGGUAAAACUGUAUCUCCUCCUUACAAGGAAGAUUGGUCCUUUGGUACAAAAUCAAGGACUAUAAUAUCUGAAGAUUUUAUGAAUACGAAAUAUUACGAUUCGAGAUGUCAAAGAGAUGUUGGAAUAAAGUCGCGUCUUGAUUCAAUGCCAAGUAAAUCCAAAACUAUGGAUCAUUUGUCACGUCCCAAAACUGGUUCCAAUUCACCAAGCCAAUCAACUGGAUAUAGAAUCGUAGUAUCCAACUUGCAAGCUAAUGUGACACAAGAGGAUAUUAAAGAAUUGUUUGAGGAUGUCGGGGAAUUACUUGUUUCUAGAUUGGUACGUCCAGGUACUGCCGAAGUCAUUUACAAAACAUUAAAGGAUGCUACCAAAGCUGUAGAAACUUAUCACAAUAGACAAUUGGAUGGUCAUCCAAUGAAAUGUCUACUUGUCAAUCCAAGACCGAAAAAUAAUCCAACUGGUCCAGCUGUCAGAUCAUUGUCGGAUUCGAGACGAAGUGUUAGUUCAAGUUAUGUUCAACCAAGUUUAGGAGCCGUUCAUCGUGCGUUAUUCGACGAUUCCUAAUUAAAUUGAACAGAAGAAGGAUAUAUCUUAAAUCAUGGAAAUAAAARUAAAAAUAAAUUCAUUUUAAAUCAAUUUCAAUGAAUAUGCUAUGAAGCAUAAUAGCAUAAUAAUU